AAGCGCAGUGCGCAAGGCACUAAUGCCAACUGGUGUCCAGGCGCACAGAAUUCUCUCCGAAUCGGCAACGCUCCGAAACGAAUCCAGUGAAACGCGACGCUCGAAGGCUCGCAUCGUCCUCAACCUGUGAUCUUCUCCACCCAAAAAGCUCACUGCGCGAACGCUCGCAAUCGAAUUUGCUGGUUGGCUGAAAGUCUCGCGGAGCAUCCAUGGAUUUGCGAUCAAGGGGCCGGAAGCUGUCCUUCGAGAUUCUGGGCCGGAGCGACCUCCCGGAGGAGUCGGAGGACGAAUCCUCCUCCGUUCUCCGAUCGGACUCCGAUCCCAUCCCUCUCGAUUCUCCUCGCGACAAGUCCACACGCCGGAAGCGGAAGCACAGGAGGAAGAAGCAGGCGGCAUGCUCGAUCAUCCCCGAAAACGGCGACUCCUGCCAACCGAUCGAUUCCGAUUCCCUCCCGAACGGUGUCGAGCGCGCGGACGGCGUGUUUUUCGAGGAUAGCAGCUCGGUUUCUGGGAGCGGUGGUGUCGAUUUGCGUGGGCGUGCGAACGGCGUGGAGUUCGAUUGUAAGAGUUACAGCGCGGCGAGUUUGGGCUCUGUUACUCAGGUGGUGAAUGCGGAGAGUCAGAAUAGCGUGUUUGGCGACGAGUCUAGAUGCGGAGAGUUGAGGCAGAGAGCUGUGAAUGGCGGAGAGGAUAGAACAGCGGGAGGCGACCAGAGUUUGAGAGACGAGAGCGGCAUUGAGGCGAGCUCGAUCUUGAAGGGGCGUAGUGAGCCGAAUGGGAGUGUGCCACGGAAGUUGGAGACUGCUGAGUCCUUGGAUUGGAAGAAGGUCAUGGCGGAGGAUGCGUUCGUACAGAAGUCACCAAUGAGGUACUUUUUGGAUGAAAUGAACAAUGGAAAUUCAUUAAGGAAUACAACUACUCUUGGAAAUGACAAAGAACGUGAGAGAGUAUAUGAUACUAUCUUCCGAUUGCCUUGGAGAUGUGAGCUGCUUAUAGAUGUUGGUGUUCUUGUGUGCUUCGAUUCAUUUCUCUCACUGUUGACAAUUAUGCCAACAAGGAUUGCCAUAGUACUGUGGAGGCUUCUGAGUACGAGACAGUUAAAGAGGCCUUCUGCGGAGGAGUUGUCUGAUUUAGGGUGUUUUAUUGUGCUCACUUGCGGUGUUACUCUCUUGGAGAGAACAGAUAUAAGCUUAAUAUAUCAUAUGAUUCGCGGUCAAGGAACAAUCAAGCUCUAUGUUGUGUACAACGUGCUAGAGAUAUUCGAUAAAUUAUGCCAGAGUUUUGGUGGAGAUGUCCUGAAAACUCUGUUUAAUUCUGCUGAAGAACUGGCAGGUUGUUCACCAGAAAACAUGAUAGUUUACAAAACGAGAUUCCUUUCAGAUUUGGCACUAGCCGUGGGUGCCUCAAUUGUUCAUUCAUUUAUCUUAUUAGCUCAGGCAAUUACUUUGUCAACGUGUAUUGUUGCUCACAAUAAUGCACUGCUGGCGUUGCUUGUAUCAAACAACUUUGCCGAGAUAAAGAGUAAUGUUUUCAAGCGUUUCAGCAGAGACAAUAUUCAUAGUCUUGUCUACUAUGAUUCGGUUGAGAGAUUCCACAUUACAGCAUUUGUAUUAUUUGUUCUUGCUCAGAAUAUUCUGGAGGCUGAAGGUCCAUGGCUUGAAAGUUUUUUUAUUAAUGCUCUCAUGGUUUACUUCUGUGAGAUAUCUAUUGAUAUCAUCAAACAUUCGUUCAUUGCCAAAUUCAACGAUAUCAAACCCAUUGCAUACUCUGAGUUUCUUGAAGACCUUUGCAAGCAGACUUUGAAUACGCAAACUGAUCUGAAGAACAGUCUUACCUUCGUUCCAUUGGCACCAGCUUGUGUGGUAAUACGGGUUCUGACUCCAGUAUAUGCCGCUCUUAUCCCCUGUCAUCCACUCCCAUGGAGAGUCCUGUGGAUCCUCCUCUUGUUAGCGGUGACGUACAUCAUGCUUGCGAGUCUCAAAGUGAUGGUCCGCUUGGGCCUGCAUAAGCAUGCUGCUUGGUACGUCAAUAGAUGCCAGAAGAGAAGACACCACCUACACUUAGAUUGAUUCAGAACCGCUGUGGAGAAUUUUCAGCUAAUUAUCUGCCUAGGGAAAUCCCUGUAUGUGGAGCCACUCCUAAUUCAUGAACCACCUCUUUUGAGUUUGGCUUACGAGCAUCCAGAGCACAGGUGGACGAGACAUAAGGUUAGAUGUCAGUUGUCCGACAAAUAUGGAUAUGAUACCUGGAAAGCGUCCCUCUUUGCCGUGACCAUGCCGACAAGUUCACAAAGUUUUGGUGUAAUUUCAUAGUUCAUGCUGUUGUUAAUAGCUGUUACUGCCAAAUACCGGAUAGAAUAUGAACAAAAGAUGGCGGUACCCCAUCUUCAAGUUAACUGCGGAAUCGUUUGGACCA